AUGUGUACCAGGACUUCGUUCAUUUUACUCCUGAUAUCGUCGUCCAAGUAUCUCUUCACGAAUUCACAAUACACUCCUAUCGUUCGAACACCCAGUGGACUAGUUCGUGGUACGAUAUUGCGGACAGUAUGGAACGGAGUGGAGUAUUCGUCGUUCAAGGGCAUCCCUUACGCGAAACCGCCACUAGGUGACUUCAGAUUCAAGCCUGCAGUUCCGAUUAGGAGAUGGAUAAAGGUGUUGAACGCUUACAAAGAGGGUAGCGUGUGUCCUCAGUCAGACAGUAUAACCAGUGCGAUUGUAGGACACGAGGAUUGCUUGUAUCUAAAUGUGUUUACACCUGAGACGGUGUUCAAGAAUCCAGUACAUCUGAGGCCAGUUAUGGUUUGGAUUCACGCUGGAGGUUAUCGUACAGGAUACAGCAAUUCCUCGUUGUACGGGCCAGAUUUCUUCUUAGAGGAGGACGUUGUUUUCGUCAGUUUCAAUUAUCGUCUCGGAGUUUUAGGUCUACAUGAUCUACUCGAUCGAUUUCGAUUUUCAGGAUUCCUGGCACUGAAUCAUCCUGACGCAACAGGCAACGCAGGGCUGAAGGAUCAAAAUUUGGUUCUUCGAUGGGUGCAGAGGAAUAUUGCCGCCUUUGGUGGCGAUCCAAAGCAGGUGACACUUUUCGGAGAGAGUGCUGGCGGCACUUCCGUCUCGUUUCACGCGUUGUCGAAAAAAUCUAGAGGACUGUUUCAACGCUCGAUUAGCAUGAGCGGCACAUCACUAUGCCCCUGGUCCUCUCACACACCGCAAGAAAUGAUCGCAAACGCUCUUCAACUUGCCGCCUUUCUCGGUAUCGCACCCAUAGACAUCGACGAUUUAUUAAUUCAGUUUCGUAAAACACCAGCGACGAAACUGAUCGAAGCAACGACAUAUGUUUCACUGAAUUUCCUACCGUUUCGCCCAACCAUAGAAAGUCCUGCCGUUGAUCGUGAAAAUAGCACAUUUCUCGCAGAAUGUCCCGUAAAAUUGUACCAAAAAGGGGAUUUUUACCAUCAUCCUAUGAUGCUAGGUUUCACGCACGACGAAGUUUUGACGUUUCUGGCUUCACCGAUGGACGUGGCAAACAUGGUCGUUUCGAUUAAAAAAUAUUUCGAGGACAUUGUCAAGAGUGACUAUGAUAUUCCUGGGGAGUUAGCAGAUCAAAUAGCGCAACACAUAAGGAACAUGAAUUAUGCGAACUUCAGAAAGCUAACGAAAAUCGUAAUGGACAUCACCUUCAUUGGUCCCAUUGAUCUAACUCAAAGGCUACUGGCAGAACAUAAUUCGGACUAUCCUAUUUACUAUUAUCGAUUAUCGUACCAAACAGAGUACUCUAUGCAUAAAUUGAACAACAAUUCUCUGAAUGGAACAGCACACUUCGACGACGUCGGUUACAUCUUCAACGCACAGUCGCUUCACGCACCGACAGAUCCCAAAAACGAGUUCAAUCGAUUCAGAAAAAAAAUGGUCUCCCUGUGGGCUAACUUUGCCAAAUUUGGAGAUCCCACGCCAAAGUGUUUGAAUAACUCGAAAUUCGACGUCACUUGGGUCAAUUCUGGAAUCGACGGUUUACAAUUGGACAUCGAUUCGAACUUAACGAUGCAUCAUCGUUUGAUCGACGAGGAAACUGAGACUUACGAGAAACUUUUGAACAGCCUAUUACCACUGAUGACUCCUUCUUGCAUAUUUAAUGCGUAUUACAUGUGCAUAAGACUGAUAAAAGUAUGGAUAUCAAGAAUGUACGGAAAAAUAGAAGAUAGUAGACGAUUCUUCAAUAGAACAGUGUGCAAGGGCCAAAGUGGACCAGUAGUGCAGACAGAAAAUGGCGCGGUGCGUGGUCUGUACAACACUACCGUGUGGAGAUCAAUGAAAUUUUCGUCAUUCAGGGGAAUCCCGUACGGGAAACCACCUGUUGGUCAUCUCAGAUUUCAAACAGACUUCGGGGGUUCCCUGAAGUUGAAACCAGUCAUGGUUUGGAUAUACGGCGGCGCAUUCUCGGCCGGUUUCAGCAACGAUACCUUGUACGGACCUUCCUUUUUGGUGGAACGUGACGUCGUUAUAGUUACCUUCAACUAUCGCGUCGGCGUUCUUGGUUUUCUAUCGUUGAAUCAUCCAAGAGCUUUAGGCAACGCAGGUACGAAGGAUCAAUAUCUGGUCCUGCAAUGGGUGAACAAGAAUAUCGCUGCAUUUGGCGGGGAUCCUAAUCAAGUGACUUUAUUCGGGAUGAGCUCUGGAGCUAUGUGCAUUGGUCUUCACGUAUUGUCAGAGAAAGCAGCUGGUCUGUUUUCAAAAGUGAUCUUAAUAAGCGGCACUCCACUGAGUCGGCUCGCGCAUCAGACAUCUCAAGAUGCUUACAACAGUGCGUACCAGCUUGCUCUUCUUCUUGGUCACAAUUCCACGAGCACCGAGGACCUGUUGGACUUCCUUUCUCAAGCUCCCGCUUUCGAACUCUCAAGCGCGACCCAAUUGCUUCUCAGUCUCAAUCCGUUUCCAUUCAGAACCACCAUAGAGAACACCACUAUCGAUUACAAUAACACAGCAUACGUAACGCAGUGUUCUCUAACGAAAUAUCAAAGUGGAAAUUUCAACAAGGUGCCAACGAUGCUAGGUUACACGCACGACGAAGCUCUCUUCUUCCUUUUCCGUGAGUAUCGCUGGAAUUUUUGA